AUGGCACCUCUAAAGGUCUUCAUUGCUAGCAUUACCGCGAAUCCCGAGAUCCGAAAACGAGUACAGCGAACGCUGAUGAUCCUGGAUGGUUUGAGCAUUCCUUUCGAUGCAAUAGAUAUCACGAAACCGGGCAACGAAGAACAACGUAUGUUCAUGCGGGAACACGCCGUUAAAGACGAUGUGAAAUGCACACCGCUACCGCCACAGUUCUUCUACAACGAGGAGUACCUUGGAAACUUCGUUGAUUUCGAGGAAGCUGUUGAAGAUGACCGUAUAGCUGAAUUCCUUCGACUCAUACCUGAGACAGUUCAAUACAGUGCAAAUCGAAGCAGCACGUCGAAGACAAGGAGAAUCGCGUGGAUAACGGGAUCAGGGCAGGCGGCGAGCAAUAGGGAUGAGGAAGAUGACAAAUCGGACAAGGAGAACGAAAAUGGGGUAGCGGGUACACACGACGACGACGACGAAGGCGGGGGAGAAGAAGACGAAGAGGAAGAUGAGGGUGAGGAUGAGGGAGAGGAAGAAGACGAAGGAGAAGACGAAGAUGAAGAGGGCGAUGAAGAGGAGGAUGAAGCUGAAGAUGGAGAAGACGCUGCAGAAAAUAAAGAUUCGCUGUCGAACAAUACACAAGAAAAGGACGAGAAGAAAGCUGGUAAAGCUGAGGUCGAAGAGACAGCAACAAUACGACUAGGUGAUGCAGCGAAGAAACAAGAAACGAAAGGUGAAGAAGAUGAAGAAGGUGAAGAGGAUGAAGAGGAAGGCGAAGACGAAGAGGAAGGUGAAGAUGAGGAAGAGGGUGAAGAUGAGGAUGAGGAAUACGAGGAAGAGGAGGAAGCUGAGUGA